AAGUUUGUCACAGUUGAGUCACUAUUUACCAAAACAAAUAGAUCAGAGAGUAAAUGUGAUUUCAAAAGUAGAUCAUUCUUUUUUUCUAAUUUUCUGCCAGAAAUAACAAAUACUACUACUGAUAAUACUACCACAUCUACUGCUCCUACUACUAAUGAUUCUAUUGGUUUUAUACUAUUUAUUAUAUUUAUCAUUCUUUUUGUUUAUUUUUGAGACAUUUCCUUUACAAGAGAGACCUGGCCAAAACAGCAAUGCAGACUAGUUAACACAGAGUCAAAAAACAAAAAACAUUCACAUACGGUAGAGCAUAAUAACACCGGACCAGAGAGGCUUCAAGGGGAGAACUUCAACCUUUAUUUCUUAUUCAUAAAACAUGUUUCUGUGUGGUGUUUAAAUGCCUGGUGAGAAGUCAGUGUUUCCAAAUGAAGUUUGUCAUGUAAAUUGCUCCAUGCUUUGGAACCUCAGCUGUAGUGUGAAUACCAAUUGUGAAUAUUAUAAUGUCUUACUGUGUUUGAGAGUAAGUACCUUAUACAAUCUACCGUAUCUACCUGCGCUCCUUGUAUCAGUGUAUUUUUCUAUGGAGGUUAUUUUGUGACUUUGCUGUACAUUUAGGAGCAGUUUCAGUCAUUGCAGGAAACCAUCACCUCCACUAGGUGUCAUCCUGCUCCUCCUGACCUCAGUCAGAGGCGAUGGAAUUCCUGGGUCCUCCCUCUCCUCCAGGGUGUGAUGAUGCACAGGUUUCUGAGGUUAAACGAUGGCCAAUGCAGGUAUGCAGCUUCUCGGCUUCACGCUGGCCUUCCUGGGCUUCAUUGGCACAAUAGCAUCCACUGUUAUGGUAGAAUGGAAAGCUUCGUCCUAUGCAGGAGACAACAUCAUCACAGCUCAGGCGAUGUUUGAAGGGCUGUGGAAGAGCUGUGUAUCUCAGAGCACUGGUCAAAUUCAGUGUAAAGUGUAUGAUUCACUUCUCCAGCUACCAGGGAUUGUACAAGGCACACGAGGGUUGAUGCUGGCCUCCGUCUUGCUGAGCUUUAUUUCUAUCAUGGUGGAGGUGGUGGGCAUGAGGUGCACCACCUGUAUGGCACAAGACCCGAAGCAGAAGGACAAAGUGGCUCUAGCUGGAGGGGUUAUCUUCAUUAUCGCCGGUCUGCUUGCUCUGGUGGGAACAUCUUGGUAUGGCCACAGAAUAGCACAGGAAUUCUACAACCCAUUGACUCCCACUAAUUCCAGGUAUGAAUUUGGAAGUGCCCUGUAUGUUGGAUGGGGAGCUGCCUGUCUCACUGUUAUUGGAGGAAGCUUCUUCUGCUGCAUCUGCUCCAACGAGGGCUCAGGGAAAUCUCCGCGCUACCCACCGUCCAGAUCUGCAGGACAGCCGGGCAGGGACUACGUCUGAGACAAUCACUGCAUCCAGAACGCUGUCUUACACAUGUCAUUCACAUUUGUUUGAUGUUUAGCAACAUGUAUGUUUUCAAGUGUUAUAUUUGGUGUAUGUUUAUAAUUGUUGGGAAAUAGACUCCAUUCUUUGGUCGAAAAUGUCACAUGAAAUUAAAUAUUAUACAUAUAAAAUAUCUUUUGAUGCAGUAAUAAAACCCUUAUUACUUCCCUA